AUGUCUGCUAAACAAUUCACUCAGAAAGCUCACGAAAGUGACGCUUUGGACGGCUUCCUCCUGGUACGACCGGUAUGGGUUGACGAUGAGACCGUCAAAGCUUGCAAAGGAUCUUUAUGUCAACAGAUGUUAAUUGACGAUAUAGCUUUAGACGCUAUUCUAAAAUUAGCAGAUUUCCAAUUAGGAACAUUAUAUGAUGACGAUUCACCUGAAGAUGAUUCGCUUCCUUCUUAUGAAGAAAUACGUCUUCGUGUUGAAUUGGCUCGUA